AUGAAAACCCUCCUGCUCUUCACCUUGUUGCUGAUCUCAGGUGAAUGUCAUCAAGAUUCAAUCAGAGUGACAGCUCAGUUAGGGGCACCUGUAACCAUCACCUGCAGAUAUCCUGAGAUCUACACAAACAACAGCAAAAGCUUCUGCAUCCCUGAGGGCAACUCUUGCAGGACUCUGGUGUCAUUGGAACAUACAUCAACAGAGGCAAGAAUAGGGAGAUAUUCACUGACCUACAGCAGAGAGGAAAGAGCUUUGAAUGUCACCAUUGAUGGACUCAUGAAGAACGAUGAAGCCGUAUACUUUUGUGCAGUCAAAACUGGAGAGGGAAUAAUCACACGAGUCACAGAUGUUGUUGUCUAUGUGAUGGGAAAUGCAGCUAGAAGUGUACAUUUUAGAUGUACGUAUUGCCAUGGUAAUGAACGAAGACCUAAACACUUAUACCGCGGAGAAUGUUCCCGUGAUGGCUCUCCUAAACAGAAAGACGUCCUCAUUCAGACCAACCAGAGUGACAUCCUCAUCACUCGAGGGAGGUUAUGUCUCUAUGACAACACCACAGCUAGGGUCUUCACGGUGACAAUCAGUAACCUGACAGCAGAGGAUUCUGGGAAAUACUGCUGUGUGGUGAAGAGAGAGCCGCUGACUGACAUUCAAACUGAACACCUGUUCAUUUAUGAGGACAAUAUGACCUCUACAGAAAUGAUCACUGGCUGGCAGGACCUCAAUACAUCCUCUGUGGCCGUGUUGUCAGUGUUGAUAUUCUUACUGUGCAUCUGCAUCAUCAUCUGCGUGCAUCAGGCUGUACAUUCCCUCUGGCUAAAGAGAGCAUCCACAGGCCCCUUCUCCGUUCUGACAAACAGAAAGUGUGGUGACCAAUCAGAGGCGAAGACGUCAGACCCCAUACCCAACACUGUAUAUGCUGUUGCUGUGUUCCCCAAAACCACGUGUGAGGACUCACCCUACUCACUGGUCCAGCAUCCCAGACCAGAUCCAGUCGACGCCGUAUAUUCCUACCUGCAGUUCCCGAAACACACUCCCAGUUCCCUUGAGGCUGACGUACCCACGAUCCCCUCUGGAAAUCUGCACGCCAAUUCUCAACCUUCCUCAGUUUCUGAAAAUGGUAUGUCACCUGGGGACACGAAUCUUACAUGACUGAAAAGAUUAACCAUGUAUCCGAUGGAAAGAGUUUUUUCUGUUCGUGACUUGCUUAUCAUCUUGUUUAUUCACUUAUUUGAGGUGUUGCUGUUAUGAGUGAUUUUCUGUGCUCCAGCACAAUGGUUUGAUCGAUCACUGUCAAUGGUUGUGCGGCUCACAUCACUCUGCAAGUAGUCAACAAUUGAGUGUGACAUUCAGCACAUGAUAGGGCCUACACAGCUAUGCAACGCCUGACACUUUUCUUUUGUGUGGUAAACAAUUGGUCUCUCGGUCGAAGCUACGGAACCGUGACAAAUCAGUGUUCAAAGAGAUUGUGUGAAGUUUAUUUUCCUUGUUUUGGCAAAGAGCCAUAUAACAAAAUGUAAUAAUGUUUGAUCUGCUGAUCGAUAUAUUAAAAAAAAAUCCCUUCAGGAUGAGGCAAGUGCUUUUCAGCCUAGCUGUCGGCACAUAUUUUCUGAUACUGACCGGAUUCCCGGAAGACUGAAAAACCCAGGUGCAUGAAACUUGGUGAGCAUGUAGCCUCACAUGGAUAGCAUGUCGCCAUUGUUUUUUCCCCCCAAGGGACUGGACCUCCCGAAAGGACUGUAGGGCGAAAAAGUUUUCGGUGAAUAUCUCGAGAACAGUAGGGCCUAGGAGGACCACUUUUUUUCGUAUGUUGGUCUUAAGGGGCCAUGUCAUCGCAUCCUAUAACUACUCAUAUCAUGUAUAGCGCCACCUAGUAAAACAUGAAAAAGCAAAGAUGAAGCGUUGUAAUCGCAGGUAUCUCUAGCUGACAUGGUCAAAACUGCAUGAAAUUGAAAGUGUAGGACCAUUAUGAUACCCUUUGAAUGCAUGCCAACUUUCGUGGAACAUUUUUUAACAUUUAUUCAUUGAUAAAGGUGUCCAUUAUAUAUAUGUAGUGAAGCUGUGUAC